CGCCGUAGUGGUAGCGCAAGCGUAUAAAAUACGGUAUGUUUGGUCGCGUUUGAAAAAGAAGAGUUAAGUUUUUCAGUCGGACGAUGGGUCUUUUAUCGGAAGGAGCACCUCUGAGUUGGGAAGAGACGAAAAAGUGGGCCGACCACGUAAGACAACACGGCGUACAACAGUUCAUUCAUUUAUAUCAUAAAUUCAAAGACGGACAAUGGGAUUGCUUGAAAUGGGGCGAUGAAAUAGAAUAUAUGCUAGUAAAAUUUGAUGUACAGAGGAAGAAAGCAUGUCUCAGUUUAAGAGCAAAUGAAGUAUUAGAUGCAUUAACAAAGAAACAAAGUGAUCAUCCAGAGGAAGUGAAAGCUCUCUGGCGACCAGAAUUUGGUGCUUAUAUGAUAGAAUCAUCUCCAGCAAAGCCUUAUGGUGGCCUUACAUCUCAUUUCAAUAUUGUGGAAGCAAAUAUGAGAGCAAGACGUGAAGAAGUAAUGGAAGUUUUAGAGCCAAAUGAAAAGCUAAUGUGCUUAACUAGUUUUCCAAGACUAGGCUGCAAAGAUUUUUCCAAUCCUCCUCUAACGCCAAAUCCAAAAGAAGGCUAUCUCCGCAGCCUAUUUUUUCCAGAUGAUGCAGUUUUUAGUGGUCAUCCAAGAUUCAAAACUUUGGCUCUUAAUAUCAGAAGAAGAAGAGGCAAGAAAGUAGUUAUAAACAUUCCAGUAUUUAAAGAUGUUAACACACAAUCGCCAUUUGUGGAAGAUUUUUCGAGUCUUGGCGAUGAUGGGGAAGCAGCUAAUGCAGCUCUUCCCGAUCACGUAUAUAUGGAUGCCAUGGGAUUCGGAAUGGGUUGUUGUUGUCUACAAGUUACAUUCCAAGCAUGUAAUAUCACAGAAGCUAGACUUCUAUAUGAUCAGUUAGCACCUCUUUGUCCAAUUGUGAUGGCUUUAAGUGCAGCAUCUCCUAUACAUAGAGGAUAUUUAACAGAUAGAGAUUGUAGGUGGAGUGUUGUAGCAGCUUCUGUAGAUGAUAGAACUGCAGAAGAACAAGGUUUAGCUCCAUUGAAGCCAAAUCAGUAUAGAAUUCAUAAAUCUCGUUUUGAUUCCAUUGAUUCAUAUCUAUCACCUUAUGGAGAAAAAUAUAAUGAUGUUAAAUUAGUUUAUGACGAUGCCAUUUAUAAAGAACUUCGAAAUGCAGGUGUAGACCAUUUGUUGGCUCAACACAUAGCUCAUCUUUUCAUCCGGGAUCCAGUAACACUCUAUGCAGAAAAAUUAUAUCAGAAUGAUAAAGAAGAUACCGAUCAUUUUGAAAAUCUUCAGUCAACCAACUGGCAGACUAUGAGGUUUAAACCUCCACCACCCAAUAGUAACAUUGGUUGGAGAGUGGAAUUUCGGCCAACGGAAAUUCAAAUGACAGAAUUUGAAAAUGCAGCAUUUGUAGUGUUUGUAGUUCUACUGACCAGAGUUAUACUUUCUUUUCAAUUAAAUUUCCUCAUACCAAUUUCCAAAGUGGAUGAGAAUUUAUCAGAAGGUCAACAGAGAAAUGCUGUUUUGAAUAAAAAAUACUGGUUUAGGAAAGACAUAAUGACAUGUAGUAGUCCACCAGUAGUUGCAGAAUGUCUGGAAAGUUGUUCUUCCCCAGAAAAAUGUGAAUAUACACAAAUGACCAUAAAUGAAAUCAUCAAUGGAAAAGAUAAUGAAUUUCCUGGAUUGAUUCCAUUAAUUAAGAAGUUUUUAACUUAUGUUGAUAUUGAUGUAGACACUCAGUGCUCCAUACAACAAUACUUAACUUUUAUUCAAAGGAGGGCUUCUGGAGAACUUCUGACUACUGCAAGAUGGAUAAGAGAAUUUGUCAAAAAUCAUCCAGACUAUAAACACGAUUCGGUUGUAACCGAUCGCAUUAAUUAUGAUUUAUUAACUGUCGCAGCAAAAAUUCAGGAAGGAAGUCAACAAUGUCCACAACUAUUAGGACAACCAAAUACGAGGACCAAUGAAAACAUUCCUAUUGCCGUUAGCAAAGCAGAACAGUAUAAAACAAAUAUAUGUUCAUAAUCUUUUAUUCUGUUUUGGAAAAAAUUUGUUAACUAAAUUGAUUUCAAAUUUAUUAUUAAAACAUUUUAUGUA